GUUCUGCUUCUUUUCUUCAUCACAAGACCGGAGUGUACACAUAUACAUAAACGCAGAGAUGGCCCCAAAAUCUAACAAGAACCAAGAAAACAUUAACUCCAAGUUGGCUUUAACCAUUAAGUCUGGUAAGUACACCUUGGGUUACAAGUCCGUUAUCAAGUCCUUGAGAAACGGUAAGGCUAAGUUAGUUAUCAUUGCUGGUAACACCCCAGUCUUGAGAAAGUCUGAAUUGGAAUACUACGCCAUGUUGUCCAAGACCCCAGUCUACUACUUCCAAGGUGGUAACAACGAAUUAGGUACCGUUUGUGGUAAAUUAUUCAGAGUUGGUACCUUAUCUAUUUUGGAUGCUGGUGACUCUGAUAUCCUUACUUCCGUUUAAGUUGAUUAAAAGAAAACUUACAGUUUGAUAUUUUUUAUAUUAGGUGUAUAUAUUAAUUUAAUGGUAGGAUAAUCAAAAACAAAACAAAAAAAUAUUACUGAUUGUAGAGAUGAAGUACUAUUGACGGUUCUGUAUUUCCAUAAGUUGCGCUUCCAACUCUCGUAUUUCCUCUUCUUGUUUUUGAGUACAGGCAUCUAUGGCUCGGUCCUCUUCGGCCCUGUCAACAGGUAUCCUUCCCGAGCCAUCUCUCAAAUUGAUCAAUUCCUUAUUCCUAUUAACUUCUUCUUCCAACGCUUUAAUGUCAUGGGUUGUUUGAAUAUACUCAUUCUCGCAAUUGACCAAUUCUUGAAUAUGUUGAUCCGCUUCCAAUAUUAAUGGAUAUUUUAGAAGAACUUCCUUGUUCCAUUGUAUUAAGUAACCCAAGUCAUUGGAAUCCGCAUCAAAGGGAACAAACGACACGUCAGGAAGGUCUUGAUUAGCUAGUUCAGGUAAACGAACAAACGGUCUAUCGAGUUCCUCCACAUCUUCAAAAUCAAGGUAGUCCUGUUCCUCAAAGAGCUUUCUACUAUCACGUCGCUGUAACUUUUUAAUUCCACUGGAUAAAUCUGUUUGUGGUUGUAUCUCGGGGUUCCUGGUAGCAUAUAGUAAUCCUUCAUCUUGGUAUGUAUCUUUAAGAAGGGUGAUAAUCCCAGGUGAAUUGAUCAUGGCGUUGGUGAACAUCCCAUUCUCGGGGAAUUUGCAUUCUUGAAUACCUAUUGACAGUUCAUCGAUUCGAUCUAGAAAACGGUUCAAGGACAUUUGUGGUGUAGUAAAUAUAUAAGACAGUUAAUUCGGUUGGGUUGUUUAUGUUUGUUU